AUGGUGGUAAAGAAUGACGGACGGGUCCAGGCUUACGCCAUGCAAAUAGGGAAGAUCCUACAUUUCCUUCAUGUUGAACUUGGUGAAGGUGAACCGCUUCCAUCCGGUAAUCUUCUUAACUCUGAGCAGAUGAGCAAGAAAACUACUAAAGCGGCUAGGACGAAGUCAUCCAGAACCAAAUCAUCAAAAGAAACCAGCUCGUCUGCACCGUCUGGUGAAAGUUCAAAACAAGCCGAUCCUAAGGGAAAGGCGGUUCAAGCCGAAGCUCAGCGGAAAAAGGGAAGAAAGAAGAAGUCAGCGAAGAAGAGCACCCAGAAACCGGCAGAUUCCGAGAAAAUGCUAUCCUCGGACAAUUCACCGAAAAGAACCGCAGAUGUCUUUCAGCCGAUCCCAAUCAACACAGUCCAUCCCAAUCCGGCCGAUUCUCCUUCAUCAAGGCAAACUGAACCCUCGGAGAGCCAAGAAACUUAA